CUCCAGCUGGGUCCGAUUACAGCGAGAGGGACGUAGGGCUCGUCCCCCCGAGGCAUAUCCGUCCUCAGGAGCCCCUCCAACUUAGCUCAAGUUAGGAGAACCCGGGGAGCGGGGCCGAGGGACGGGCGGGGGAGCCGAGCGCGCGCGGGUCUCGGGGCCAGGACAGCCUUCGCGUCAGCGGCGGCCGGCGGCCAACCAGAGUUUCCCAGCAACUUUCCUCAACGGUGGGUCGCCUCGGAAACUUGCCCGCCCCUGGCCCGGGAGUGCGGCCCUACUGGCCUUGCGCCGCCUGGGCCUGGGCCCUGAGUGCUGUGCGGAUAGGCGGAGGCGACGGCCGCAGAGGGGAAGCCCCGGCUUCCGAGCGCACGUCCAACUCUGGGUUUCCAGUGAAGGCUCCGCCCCGCAGCUGUCGGGGCGCGGCGAGGUCCUCUGAGGCCCCCCUAGCCUUUAGGUCCCCAGGGUUGGCGUGGGGGUGGGCGUAGGAUAGGAGGUGGAGUCAGACCGACUGAGUUCAAACCCUUGCGCCACCAGUUAACAGCUGGAAGACGGGAGGAAGUUCUUAAUGGCCCUGUGCCUCAGUUUCCUUCUCUAUAUGAUGGGAAGAACACCCCCUCUCCCGGAGAGCUUUUGAGAGCACUGCAUAAGGAGCUGACAGGUGCCUGCCAGGAGUCUGAACUAUGAGCGCCCCCUGUGGAGAGAGGCCCGUCAAGGCAGCCAGCCCGGCCAUGAGUUUUUGGGAGCCUGGGGACAGCCACAGCUGGCAGGGAACCUCCGGGCUGGCCCAGGAGCCGGCCACUGAGGAGGCAUCGGCUGCGGAGCUACAGAUGAAGGUGGACUUCUUCCGGAAACUGGGCUACUCAUCGACUGAGAUCCACAGUGUCCUGCAGAAGCUGGGAGUCCAGGCGGACACCAACACAGUGCUGGGCGAGCUGGUGAAACAUGGUCCAGCUGCCGAACGGGAGCACCAGGUCUCAUCAGACCCUUGCCCUCAGCUGCCCCUGGUGCCCCGGGGCGGGGGUACCCGCAAGACUGUCACUCUGGAGCCUUCACCCCCUGAAGAGGACAAGGAGAGCAGUGACCUGAGACCUGUGGUCAUUGAUGGGAGCAAUGUAGCCAUGAGCCAUGGGAACAAGGAGGUCUUCUCCUGCCGGGGCAUCCUGCUGGCUGUGAACUGGUUUCUGGAGCGAGGCCACACAGACAUCACGGUAUUUGUGCCAUCCUGGAGGAAGGAACAGCCCCGGCCUGAUGUACCCAUCACAGACCAGUACAUCCUGCGAGAACUGGAGAAGAAGAAGAUCCUGGUGUUCACGCCAUCACGGCGCGUGGGUGGCAAGCGGGUGGUGUGCUACGACGACCGCUUCAUCGUGAAGCUGGCCUUCGAGUCUGACGGGAUCGUGGUGUCCAAUGACACUUACCGGGACCUCCAGGGGGAACGGCAGGAGUGGAGGCGCUUCAUCGAGGAGCGGCUGCUCAUGUACUCCUUCGUCAAUGACAAGUUUAUGCCCCCCGAUGAUCCCCUGGGCCGACACGGGCCCAGCCUGGAAAACUUCCUGCGUAAAAAGCCACUCUCCUCUGAGCAGAGGAAGCAGCCAUGCCCCUAUGGGAGGAAAUGCACUUACGGGAUCAAGUGCCGAUUCUUCCACCCAGAGCGGCCAAGCUGCCCUCAGCGCUCCGUGGCUGACGAGCUCCGUGCCAAUGCCCGCCUCUCACCUCCCAGGGCCCCGGGCAAGGACAAGAGCGGCCGGCGGCCCUCGCCUUCGCCUCAGCCUGACUCACUGCCUGCAGAGGGUGACCAGUGCAGCACCAGCGGGAAGAAGCUGGGGGCCCGGGCAUCCCCAGGGCCCCGCCGGGAGGGUCUGACACAGACUUUUGCCCCAGCGGGCAGAAGCCUCCCACCUAGUGGGGGCAGUGGUGGAAGCUUCGGGCCCACAGACUGGUUCCCGCAGACCCCAGACUCCCUGCCAUACACCUCCCAGGAUUGCCUGGACUCAGGGAUUGGCUCCCUGGAAAGCCAGAUGUCAGAACUGUGGGGCGUUCGCGGAGGAAGUCCUGGGGAGCCAGGCCCCCCUCGGGGUCCAUACACUGGCUAUGGCCCCUAUGGAUCUGAGCUCCCAGCCACUCCAGCCUUCCCUGCCUUCGGACGGGCCAUGGGUGCUGGCCACUUUAGUGUGCCUGCUGACUACACACCCCCGCCACCCACCUACCCACCUCGAGAGUACUGGUCUGAGCCAUACCCACUGCCUCCACCCACCCCAGUCCUACAGGAGCCCCAGGUGCAGGGCCCGGGGGCUGAUGGGCGCCCCUGGGGUGGGGCAGGCAGCCUCGCUAAGGAGCGGGCCAGUGUAUACACCAAGCUGUGUGGUGUCUUCCCCCCACAUCUGGUGGAGGCAGUAAUGGGGCGCUUCCCGCAGCUCCUAGACCCCCAGCAGUUGGCGGCCAAGAUCCUCUCCUACAAAUCCCAGCACCUCAAUGGGUAAGCCAGCCCUGGUGGCAGGCAGGGUGGCCAUAUCCAGCCUCCAGGGGUUGCUGGGCUGGGCUUGGGCAGCCCUGAGGCCCAUAUUGGCGGCUGGACAGACGGAGGACUAAAGUAGGGAAGGGAACCCACAAACCAAAGAUACUGUAGGAUUGAUUCUGGCCCACGUGGCACCUCUAGCUGUCUGCCCAGUGGGUCAGAAGCGAUCACCCUGUUGAUACACAUUGUAUCUCUGUAGUUUAAGGAGACGCUGCCGGUAACGGCCGUCGGUCCGUGGCUGAUGCCCAAACCCUCUUUUCUCUCAGAGGCCUGGGCUGGGGGCCCUGUGCACGGCCCCCUACCUCCGCCCCGUCCCUGGGACGCUGGCCUUGGCUGGCUAGUUGGGCACCAUGUGCCUGCCCUCUAAGGGCCCCUCCUCUAAGCCAAUGAGGCCUCAUCCGUGCUCUGCCGGCACGAGGCUUCAUGUUAGUAAGCAAAAUGCUUCUUAAUAACCCACCUCCUGUCCCAAUGUGUUCACUUCGCUGCCCCUGUUGGGGGUGAAGGGCCUCUGUCCUCACCCUCUCUUCCUACCCCUUCCUCUGUACUGUCACCUUGCCCUUGCCCAAGGGUGGGGGGAUGUGUAUAUGUGUAUACAGGUAUAAAUGUAAAAUACCCUCAGUGGAAAGUCUGUAUUUCCCACAGCAUAUCAAUAAAGUAAAACAUGAGCCCUUUUGAGCGGUGAUCUGUCUUUGUCGUGUUUGGAGGGUUGAGCUGGUCUGGGUGGCAGAAGCUCAGCAGGUGUGCCCCUCUGACCUGCCUUAAGCCCACACCAGCUCUCGGACCCCUUCUCUGGAACAUUUCAGGGGCCCACCAAGAGUGCUGUCCGUUUGGGGCACAGGUAUCUUUGCUGAGGCCUUGGGCUGGGGCUUGAUAGUCAAGAAGAAGGAUGUGGCCAUUCAAGACAGAAGACACAUGGGUGGGGGCGGACGAGCAAAAGUUAGGAAGCAGAAGUGUAAGUGGGCUUCCAGUCCUGUGGCAGGAGCCCAGGAAGGGUCUGUUUCCCUUUUCUGUGCUGUAACAAGACCGGAGGAAGGGGAAACCUGCCUGCAGAGAGAUGGUGGCUUCUGGAGCGAUGGAUUGGAUGGAAUGUGUGUGGAGGCCUUGGACACUCAGCUCUUGGCCUGUCCUCCCAGCUAUUACUGCAUUCUAGACUCAGGCCUGCAGACCAGGGGAGUGCUGGGGCAGGAGCAGCCUGGAGAGGCAGCCAUGGAUGGACACAAGAGGAGGAAGACACGCUUCCGAGCAAGAGGUCAGGGGUCAUGGUCCCAAAUUCAGGAAAUGGCUCUGCCACUGAUUAUGUCAGCUGCGGCAAGUGACUACCCCCCUCUGGGUCUCAGAUUCCUCACCUAUGAAAUGGUGAUAGUCAUGGUGCCUACCUCACAGGGCUGUCACAUUACAUGAGAUAGUACCUGUGGAGGCCAUGACCCAAUCCCUGGCACAUAGUAAGUGCUCAUUAAGAGGUGGCUGGUGUUACUCUCCGUGGAACGGUGUUUCUACCUCCACACUUCAACCUCAUCCGACCUGAGAAGGAAAGAGGCUGCGCAGAAAUACGUGUCUCUUCUUUUGCAGAUGAAAAAAUAAAGUGUGAAAGUUAAGUGAAAAGUUGGGCUGUCAAAUGACCCCCACAUAAACAUCAUCAGAAGAGAAAAUAGAAAAAAAAAUUUUUUUUAAUAACUGUAUCUUUGAAUAUCUCACCUAAUUUGUCCUUUUUGUUUAUGAAGCUUUUAUGGCAUCUGUAUUUUUUUUGGAAACCGCUUUGCCGCAGAACAGCUGUGUGGCAUGUUGGGGAAGCUUUUAUAGUUGUCUGUAUUUUAGAAACUGCUUCCCCAGGUAACAGCUGUGCAGCACGCUGGGGAAGAUACCACACAAACGACCCCCUGCACACGGGGCCCCACCUUGUUCUGUACCCUGAACGUCCUGUAGAAGCCUGCACUUACAGCAGGGAUCCAUGCACAAGCUGGAAAUCAUUUCAGCCGACUUUAACUCAAAGCCUCCGCCCCCCACCCCAUCUGGUGCCUCCUCAGGAGGCUUGGUCUGCACAAAGAAAUGUUGCCUUAUUUAUAAAAUAUUUUUUUCCAAUCAAGAACUGUAUUCCAGAUUAAAAUGCUAUUAUUUAUGGCCCCUUGUUUGCUUUAUGGAAGCUAAAAUACUGGAUUGUCCAAUUCAUUAUCAGCUACCUGGCAGUGCUGAGUGACUUGCCCAAGGUUCCUCAGAGGAGACAGACUAGGGCAGGGCCGUCAGGGCUGGUCCCCUGGCCCCACGAACAUUGAGGAGGAGAGAUACAUUCUCAGGCCCCUGCAGGGAUGAGAGAUGGGGUACCCUCCACCCCACCCUUCACAGCCCUCUUAGGUCUACAACAUAUUCACAGAGGCAUCUUCCAGCACGGUAGCUGAGAUGGCCACCACCUCCCCCCGCCACACCUACUCAGCAGCAGGGGCCCCAGCAGCCCCAGCCUACCAAGUUCCCUCUGCCUCUGCACACUGUGGUGAGCAUGGAGGCCAGUAGCCUCAUGGAUGGCCUGGAAGGAGAAGUAGGGAGCUCUCUCACCUCUCUUCCUGUCCCACCAGCCAGAUGGCCACAGACCUGGCAGCUCACAUUUGCUUCUUGACCAUAGCUGAACUCUUGGUCAUUUGCUGCUUCUGCUUCCAUGUAGGGGCCUACCAGCAGGUGGUUAGUGGGCAGUAGGCCCAGGCUGGCUGUGGUCAAUGUCUGGAGGCUGUGACUGGCCCUGUGGUCCACUGACAGGCACUAACAAAGGAAGGCAGAGCCCACGUGGCAGCCCAGGCUAGGCUUGGCUUGGGGUGGGUUGAGUCAGUUCAUCCCCAGUCGGCCUGAGCCUGCAUCCUGUGCUUUCCCAGCAGAUCAAGCCAUCCAGAGUUUGGAACCUCCCCUCAAGCCUCUUUCUCAAUUUGACUUCUAGGCAGAGCCAUUCAGAGGCUGCCAGGCCUAAGGCCCAGGCUGUUUGUUUCCCAUGACUGGAGUUUUAACUUGGAAUUUCUCCCCCUACGCCUACUCUGCCCGCUGAAGCAGCUUAGGCUGGUAGCAUUCAAUCCCAGGGCCUCAGUUCCCCCACCUGUAAAGUGGAAACAAUGACCCUUGCCUCUCUAGGUUUGACAAGAAGAUGUCUCAGUUCACAUGGUGACAGCAGAGAGGAGGCAGUCUGGGUUCCAGGGCCACUCACUAGCUGUGUAGCCUGGGCCAGUGUCACACACACCCUCACAAAGCCUCAACUCCCUUGCCAGCCUCCCAAGAUGGCUGCCAGGUCCACAGGGGCUCAUGUGUGUGCAAGCUGUGAAGGAGAGGGCAACAGGGCUGGAAUGUGAUCCCUGACACGGAAGCUCAAGCCACUUAGGCGCUGGACGGGAUCAAACUCCGAGUGGCUGCCCUGCUGCUCUUUCCUGCUCUAGUUUUCCUGGUUCCAGGUGCUGAGAAGCUGAUGGGGAAACCAGUGAAUAUGCAAAUUCUGGUGUUGUUGGGAAAUGAUCCUGGGAGCUGACAGAGGCUGGCCUCCUGCUGCCCUUCCUCCACCCCCACCGCCUGUCUCAACCUGACAGCUCUCACCAGCAGGGGCUGACUCUGGGUUUUCUUGCAAGUCCUGUCUCCCACAACAAUUAACCCUGUCUUGGGGUACAGACUGUGGAAGCCAGGACAACUGUGGCCCAUUUAACCUCAGGAAACCUCAGGCUUCCCUGGCAGAGGACCAGUCCACACUGCAUGAAAUUCCCUGUCCUGGACGUCCCCGCCCACACUUCGUCCCCAUCUGCCCAGCCCACUUCUGCGGCCUGGGGGAAACCCGGCAGUCCCUAAGGAGCUGAGGUCCUAAGCGAGAAACAGGGGAGCUCUAAGGCUCCAGGGGGCAGCUCUCCCAAGGCCUCCCAGUGCUGCUAACAUCCAAACACAGCUGGUCUCCUGCAGGGUCAGAGGGAGUACGGUGGCUGGGAAGACCACUCAGUGCCACAGCUGCCGCUUCCUCCAUCUUCCUACCAGCAAAGCUCUCUGCUGGCCCUUCUCUCCUCCCUUAUGUCUCCUGGAAAAGCCAGGGUUUAGCACCCUAAAAAGUUUUUUUGUUUACCCAGAAGGAGCCUUGGUGAUACAAAGGCUAAGUGCUAGGCUGCUAACAGAAAGGUUAGUGGUUUGUUGAACCCACCCCACUGGGAGCUGAGAAGCUGAUGGCGAAACAAGUAAGUAUGCAAAUGCCGGUGUUGGCUCUGAGGGAGAAAGCCCUGGUGAUCCACUCCUGUAAAGAUUACAGCAAAAAAAAAAAAAAAAAGCCAUUACAGCAAAAAAAAAAAAAGCCCCAUGGGACAGUUCUACUCUGCCACACGGGGUCACCAUGAGUCAAAAUUGACUCCAUGGCACCUAACAACAACCCAGAAGGUCUUAACCUUGCAAGACCCAUGACCUGAAGGAGGUGCUGGGCAGGCCUCCAUCAGAGGCAAAGAAAGUGAAAAAAAAAACAGGACAGAUAUCUAGAUAUUGGGGGUGGGUGGACAUCUGGUCCCCAGGGGCUCCUGCCCCCAAAAGGCAGCCGAAGGACUCAGCACUUUUACCCCAAUUCUCAAACCUCAGGCUCAUUUUUAACCUAGACCAUAGCAGAGUGGGUGGAGCAGAGUAGGUGGAGCAGAGGGUGGUGAGUACGAGCCUGUUCUGGGGACCUUCAAGUUCAUGGGAAGGGUGUGGGAGAUUUGGCUAAAAGAGGCCGGAAGUAGGGCUCCACAGUUAAGGAAACUCAAGACAUCCAAGGCCAUGGCAUGUAAAUCCUUCCGGCUAGUUCCUGGAGAGGGGGAGGUUCCAGCUGUCAACCUGGGGUGUGACCUCUUGAAGCUCCUCUCCAGGCAGCUGCUGAUGGUCUUAAACUGCUCACCUGUCUAAGAAAUGGCUGCAACCAUAGAGGGGAGAGAAGGACCAGGCAACUCAGCCCACCCCACACAGAGCUGGGCAUAUUGCUGAGAGGUCACUGGGAAUGGUCCAAAGGCCCUGGUUCUGGCAGCUCUCCGGAGAAGAGCCUCGCUAAAAACCAGGGUGCUCGUGGUGCCCUGCCUGCCACCUGCUGGUACCUCCCGGUACUACUGCCUGUGAAGCAGGGGGCCUGCUAGUUCCCAGGGCCACCAGCACCGGCAAGGAUCUUGUGGAUCCGAAAACCAGAAUCUAAGGAGAGUAACAUGGCAAGUAAAGUGCUAAGGCAAAAGCUGGGAAUUCAUUCUUAACAGCAUUUGUAGGUCCACCCUGGAAAGCAACACCAGAGGUCAAAGCUACACCUUCUACAAAGUUUAAAGUGCCAGAAAAUUCCAGCUGUUCUGGGUAACAGAUUAUCCCAGAAAAGUUCAUAGAUAGGAACUGGAGAAAUAGGAAGGAAAAUGAGAAAAAAUACAAGUAUUCAUAUUUAAAGUAUGGCCUGAAGAAUAAAACACAAUGAUACACCAUUUUUUCAACCCUGUCAUUUGGGCACCGUCCUAUUGCUGGUGGAAGCAUCAGUGAGGGAGGGUCAGCUGCGGCUCCAGGUUACCUAAGGUACAUAUGCCCUCCGACUCAGCAAUCCCACUGCUGAGAAUUUAUCCUACAGGCACUCACGUGUGCAAAACAAUGUGUGUGAGGCUACUCACUGCAACACUGCCUGAAACAGCAAAAGAUGGGAAACAACAUUACCACCACCAACAGAGGAUUGCUUACAGAAAUUUUGGUAUAUGCAUGCAAGGGAAUAUUAAGUAGCCAGUAAAAACGAGGAGGCAGCUGUAUACACGGAGCGUUUUCUAAGCUAUAUUGCUAAAGGAAAGAGGCAAAGGGGAAAAAAAGCAAGGGCCUAACACUGUGGAUGGUAUGCUACCCUUUUUGUAAACACACACAUGUAUGCGUGCAUAUUGUUUACCUAUGUACAAAAUUCCUCUGGAAGGACACAUGGGGAAACUGGUAGCCGUUGCCUCUGGGAAGAGGAACUGGGUGUCUGAGGGACAGACAGGCUGUUCGCUGAAUAUACUUCAGUACCAUUUGCAUGUAUGCUAUUUGCAUGUGUUACUUAUUCACAUUAAUAAGUUCCCCUUGUCGAGAUAGAGAGAAGUCAUUGGUGGAGGGGUGGAGAGGGUUGUAUUGGUCAGGGGUCUUCAAAGUUCAUUUCUGUAUUCUAACAGUAAGAACUUGCCACAUCAUACGCACCCCCAACAUACAUAUAAUAAGUUGUUAACACACGGUUAGCUGCCAUGUUUGUAGGUCAAAACGGUCAAAUAUCAGCAAUUUUUUUGUGGGUCGACGUUUUAUUUAUAAAUCUUCUACAUGUACUACAGGACCAAUAUUUAUGUACACUGCAUAACACAUUCAAGAUGAGGAGCUAAAUAAGGCUAACCUUGAAAUUAAGUAUAAAUCAACCAUCUAAUAUCGGCUUCUCAUAACCCAUGGGCCCUCUGGCACACCCCCUCCCUUCGGGGACACUGCCCUAAUGAAUGAGGACCAGCAUCCACUCCACCACAGCCCGCUUCAAAGGUGAAAACUUUUAUUGGACAAAAGUAGUUUUUUUUUCAAGUGAAAAUUUUGUUUCAAGUCAUGAAGCUUACCGCUUAUCAAAUUCAGACACGAUGCUGCUAAUUUAGAUGGAUGCUGGAAUUCGAAUUCUAAUCCCUUCUUCUCAUCGUCUCUGCAUCUCGUGUUCACACCACCAUCUAGGCACAGAAUGUGACCCCACCCUGGGAGAAAUCAUGUUUACAAAGAAGCACAACACCCCUCCCUCUCCACUUUACCCAAACCAGUGCAGUGCCACACACUCAGGGCUUCAGACGCGCAUUUUCAAGCAAAAUAAUGCCUCAGUAAUUUGGAGUAAGGUUGAAGAGCAGAGGAGGCAAAAUAAAAGCAAAGACCAAGUCACAGAAUGUUUUGAAACAGCAUAUUUACUGCUUUCAAGUUUAGGCCAUUUAACACUUGUUUUCAUUCCCUUAUUAGCCACAUAGUAAGAAACGUCAAGCAUACUCUUUAUAGAAUACUUACAGAGUACUACAUCACCCCAGCACCCAAAGGCUCAACCCUGAAGUUGAAAAUAAUUCUCAUGCCUGCUUCCUACUCUUCAAAACUAGAUUUUCUUCUAAGCAAACGGUAUAAACUCAAUUGUGGGGAGAAUGUCUAAUCUACUUAAUUAUCAAUUUCUUAAACCACCCGAAAGGCCCUAAGGUCUAUGGCCUGUUCAGAUCAGUAUAACAGCUUUAAAGUCCAUUGCUCUCCCAACCGCACUGGCCACGUCCAACUUCAUCAAGUCCCUCCCCUUGCCCCAAAUGGCUUAUUUUUUCCUUUGUGGAUUGUUUCGGCUCUCCAUCUUCAACUUACAGAAUCUGAUAGUAUUUAGAACAUUUUGAGUUUGAUUAGAAUAAACUAGCUUCUCAGCCCCAUGAAACAGUAUACUUGAGACUCCUCAUGAACCAUGGGGCAGGCACAAAGACAUUAUAAGGCAUUUUUUAAUGUCUUAUAACUACCAAAAGGAGCAAAGGAAGUCCUAUUCCCAUCUUAGUGAUGAGGAGGCUAAAGUACAGAAAAAUAAAUUCACCCAGAUGGCAUGAACAAGCUGGUAUGGCUCCUCUCAGCCCACCCAUUUCCUCCUCUGUCCCUCUGGAUUACAGGAAAGGAAAGAAGGGAGGACAUAUCAUGGGAGUCAACUUCUUACAAUUAGGCCACAGCUCUUUAAACCAAUUCGUUUUCUGUCCUUAAGACAUGAAGCAAAGUACUGCACCAAACCAAAGCAACCCAGUGAAGGCAUGCCUGGAGGAAGUACCUUCGCAGAGGUCCCAGCAGUCGCCCCAGUUCAGGGAUCACUGAUGGGCUGCUAAGAUGGAGGGACUCAGGCCACACAGCAAACUCUCCCUACAAAUGCUAUCGAUGGGUACUGUAAAGGUAAAUGCCACCUCAAUUAAUGUCUCCCUCCAUGUCAGCACAAUUGUACUUCUUGGUUGGUAAUACACUUGAUCAAAGUUAUUACCUCAGCCUUGUUCAGAGUCACGCAAUUUUAAUUUAUAACUGAAGGAGUUACAAAUAUCACAAGGAUGGUAGGCAGGGACCCCUUGGUGUUUUCUAAGCCACCCAAUGUAGGGAAACUAAGCAAUCUCUCAGGACUUGAAUAUCUCCAGUAUUCCUGGCCAACAUACAGGAAAAUUGGGAGGUCCCCUGAUCAAUGAUUAAACUUUAUAGAGAAAAGAAGUAUAAGGCAAGCAGCCUGUUUCUAACCAAGAUUAUAUAUACACUCGAGUAUGUACAUAGACAGAUAUACUUUUAAAUAAUACAUCUUUUUAAGAGUACUACUACUAUGUCUCUAGCAAAUGCCAAACUAUGAGAGUCAGAAGUACGUGAAGGUUUUCUGUGUGUUUUCCUAAGAGGUGUCCUACCUCCCCCGCCCCAAAAAGAAGACAAAGAAGGGUACAGAACACUUCAGGUUUCCAUUGCUGCUUUGUUUUUUUAAAAAAAAGAAUAAAUAUAAGAAACUGUUUCCCUAAAAAACUCUGACAUUGAGUUUUGCUACCAAAGACAGACAUCUAAAUAGCCAGAGUCAAAAAAAAAAAAAACGUUUAUUUGAGAACAAGAGUAGUGAAAGCCUUUGC